AUGAUCCGAACAAUCAAAACUUUCAAUCCCAACAUAACAAAAAAAAGAGAAAAAAUCUCCAACAAAUCUCAACAGAGAAAAAAUAAAAACGUUAAUUUGUUGUUGUUAUUGAGUCGGGAAUGGACAGAGAAAAUGAGUCAACUUUCAAUAGAAGUUCACAAUGAACAUGAACGUUUAGGUAUCAUAGUUCGCAAUGGAAAAAAGCGUCUCGCUCUCGAUCAGAAUGAAAAGUUUUAUUUUUCAUCGCAAUUUAGUUCGUGGGAGUGCAAAGCAGCAUUCAGUCAGAGUUGUGGUGAAAAGCAUAAUAAUCAUUUUCAAAAUAUUCCGAAGUCGAAACAUAUGAUUUUAUGA